GCUGUCCUUCGCGAGGCUCACGAAGAGCAGAAGCGAGAACUGAAGCAGAUCCAGGAGCGUGAAAAUAAGGAGAUGAAAGCACAACAGACUAAGAUCUCAAUCGAGUCCAAUCGAACGGUUAUGUGCGAUCGAAAGUUGAAGAAUAAGGCGGAGCGAGACAGGCGAAUACGCGAACUGAACGACUACAAUACGAAGCGCUUCAUCGACCAGCGCAAGGCUCAGGCUCAACGAAACGAACGGCAGGUACAGGAGCUGCGCAAACGGCACGACGAGGAGGAACAGGGUGUUUUUAAUAAAAGAUAG